AUGAAUGCAGAAAUAGACGUGACUGCAGCCGUCGCCGGCUCCGACCAACCGCCCCCCCCCCCCUCCCCCUUCGAAGAAUAUCAUCUCAGGCGAGGUAAAGCCGACAAGUAAUCCGUGUAUUACAAGGGAGUUGCCAUAGCACCUUGAGGCAGGGCAUGUCUGAGUCGGCCUUGGAGUUGAUUGGCCGGUUUCGAUAGCCUUGAUGGGCCGGAACCUAGACUGUUGCUGUUACGCUCAAUGAAGUACGCGCGAGAGGCUCAGUGUUGCAGUAGGGCCAUCACAAACUCAUUACUGUGGGAAGAUCCGGACGCAUUGGGAACAUCACCGAGAAUACUUACUAGAUUAAGACACCUUGUAGGUAUCCUUUGCCGGGCGCGUGUUAGGACACUGCCCCUCUAGUACAUACUUGCACGCACGCAUCAGCGGCAGUCGUCCGGUCGACAUUCAGAGGCGCUGUAUGAUGCUUCCAUCGGGGUGUAGGGGUGUCAGCGGUGGGUUCACGUAAUGGUCGUGGUGGUCGCUCACUUGCUUGCAGGUGAGACUGCGCCUAGCGUCCACUUGCUGGCACUCAACUCUCACCUGUGGCUCCACGUAGCUGGGCUCUGCUCAGCGGCCACACCCCGGGCAACCGUCUCGACCGGCGGGCUAAACCAGGUGAGGGGGCCCUGUGCGCUGUGCCGUGUGCACAGGGUUUGCGGAUUCCGCUGGAUGGAAGGUCGGAUGGAACCUUGUGUCGGCACCGUCGUGACGUGGUCCGUCUCUGCACGUCGCUCGACAGCCGGUGACGGGAUGGAUCUCCACAUCGACACCGCCUUGACGCGCCCACCUUCGCCGACGGAGACCGCGGCUUACGGCGAAUUCGAGUCGCUCUCCACUACAACCCGAAGUCGUGGUCCCAUAGUGGAGUUCGGCCGUGCCACAACGGCACAUGGCAGCCCUAUUCAGCGAUGGCACUGCCAGCCCCCACGAGGGGAAGGGCCUAGAAAAUGUGGCCUAAACAUUGCUGGGUACCACGCCGUCUCCAGGCUAGCCAGGGCCGCAGACGUCUAAACAUGAUCGAAACAAUCAAAAUCGAAACAACAACAAUACCAAUAACAACAACAACAACCAUACUCAUUCUCCUCAUCCUACCUCUUCUUCCUCUACCUCGGUCUAUUCUUCUGCCUAUUCUUCUCCUUCGUCAUCUUCUUCUCCGUCUCCUUCCCGUCGCCCCACUCGUUGUCACCAGACUGGCAGGGUGAGCGCGCUCACUCUGGCAGCCUGGAAUGUUCGUUCCCUUUUAGACAAUCCGAGGAGCAACCGACCGGAGCGGAGGACGGCGCUAGUGGCACGAGAACUGGCGCGCUACAAGGUGGACAUCGCCGCACUCAGCGAGACCCGUUUCUCCGAACAAGGCCAACUGGAGGAGGUGGGUGCCGGCUACACCUUCUUCUGGAGUGGUCGACCCAGGGCAGAGCGACGAGACGCGGGCGUCGCCUUCGCCAUUCGGAACGACAUCGUGGGACGACUGCCCUGUUUGCCGCAGGGCAUCAACGAUCGCCUGAUGAGCCUCCGCCUGCCUCUCUGGGGAGGCAAAUUCGCCACCAUCGUCAGCGCCUACGCUCCGACGAUGACCCACCCCGACGCCGUCAGAGACAAAUUCUACGAGGACCUGCACGCCCUCUUGGCGACUGUGUCGAAGGCGGACAAGUUGAUUGUCCUUGGCGACUUCAACGCCCGCGUCGGCACAGAUCAUACUGCCUGGAGAGGAGUGCCGGGUCCCCACGGUCUCCGCGGCUCAAACGACAAUGGUCUGCUGCUUCUCCGCACCUGCGCAGAACACCGCCUCAUGCUGACGAACACGUUCUUCUGUCUGCCGGAGCGAGAGAAGGCCACCUGGAGGCAUCCUCGGUCGCGCCAGUGGCACCUGCUGGACUAUGUCCUCGUCCGGAGGCGAGAUCAGCGUGACGUGCUGGUGACGAAGGCGAUCGCGGGUGCUGACGGGUGGACCGACCAUCGCCUCGUCAUCUCGAAGAUGCGUAUUCGCCUACAGCCUCGCAGGAGACCACAAGGUAAGCGACCCCCAGGUAAGCUGAAUGUUACCUUGUUGUCUUUGCCCGCUCACCAUCUCCAUUUCAGCAAUGAGCUAGCUCAACGGCUAGACAACCUUCCUAUCGCUGCCGCCGACGACGCCGCCGACGACGCCGCCGCUGCCGAGAACGCCUCCGUGGAGAACCGCUGGUGUCAACUGCGAGACACGGUCCAGUCGACGGCGCUCGCCGUCCUCGGUCGCGCUUCCCGCCAACACCAGGACUAGUUCGACAACAACGACGCCGCCAUCAGAAAUCUGCUAGCUGAGAAGAACCGCCUACACAAAGCCUACGUAGAUCACCCCACUGAUGCCACCAAAGCUGCCUUCUACCGCAGUCGCCGCCAACUUCAGCAACGACUGCGCGAGAUACAGGACGCCUGGACUGCUCGCAAAGCUGAGGAGAUCCAAGGGUACGCGGACCGCAACGAAUGGAAGAACUUCUUCUCUGCGAUCAAAGCUGUCUACGGUCCGCCGACGAAGGGCACUGCUCCUCUCCUCAGCGCCGACGGCAACACUCUCCUGACUGAGAAGACGCAAAUCCUGCAGCGAUGGGCCGAGCAUUUUCGAGGCGUCCUCAACCGCCCCUCCGUCAUCUCCGACGCCGCCAUCGAGCGCCUGCCACAAGUGGAGACCAACGUGGACCUCGACCUCCCGCCAUCUCUCCAGGAGACCAUCAGGGCCGUGCAGCAGAUGUCCAGCGGGAAAGCACCCGGAUCGGACGCGAUCCCUGCUGAGGUCUACAAGCACGGAGGUCCCCAACUAAUGGAUCACCUGACUGCGCUCUUCCAGGAGAUGUGGCGUCAAGGUGAAGUCCCGCAAGAUUUCAAAGACGCAACCAUCGUGCAUCUCUACAAGCGCAAAGGGAAUCGCCAAGUCUGCGACAAUCACCGCGGCAUCUCCCUGCUGAACAUCGCCGGGAAGAUCUUCGCACGAAUCCUCCUCAACCGCCUCAAUAACCAUCUCCAACAGGGCCUUCUGCCGGAAAGCCAAUGCGGCUUCCGUUGUCAUCGUGGGACCACGGAUAUGAUCUUCGCCGCCCGUCAACUUCAGGAGAAGUGUCAGUAG